AUGGCAUUCUUUGGGAGACUUGUUGAGGCGGAUCGGGAGGUGACAUGCUCAAAACCAUUGCAGCUCCUCAAGAAAUUUGAAAGAACCUUGGUGGGAAGAGUCCUCAAUCUGGAGAUCUCAGAGGCUCAGGUGAAGGCGUCACUGGCGUUUUUACCUUCGGUGUGGCAGUGUGAAGGUCGUGUGCACGCCUUGAGAUGA